AUGAAGAAUCAAUGCUAUGAUUCGAUGUUUUAUUUGAAGCUGGACAACAUUCUCUUGGAUUCCGAAGGACAUAUCAAGAUCGCUGAUUUCGGCAUGUGUAAAGAAGGGAUUACAGGGAACAACAAGACUAGAACAUUUUGCGGAACACCCGAUUAUAUUGCACCUGAGAUCAUCAAAUACGAGCCGUAUGGUCAAUCAGUUGAUUGGUGGUCUUUUGGUGUAUUACUGUACGAAAUGCUUGCCGGACAGCCUCCGUUCGAUGGGGAAGAUGAAGAAGAACUGUUCCGAAAUAUUGCCACUCGUGAUAUUGUAUAUCCGCGGCAUAUGUCACGUGAAGCCACGCUUAUGUGCAAAGGCGUAAGUGAUCUUGGGGAUUUGUUGUUGUUGUUGUUCGUUUGUCAUCAACUUUAUUUGCUCACGUCUAAUUUGGUGUUGGCUAUCAGAGGUGGUCGGGGUCAGGGUCGGAGUGGGGUAAUUGUGAGCUCGCUUGCUGCGGGCCGUUUACUCUGGUUCUUGCUCACACGGGAUCCUCAUGAACGUCUGGGUUGUGGAUCGAACGGUGAACGGGACAUUCGAGAGCAUCAGUUCUAUCGACGAAUCGAUUGGCACAAAAUUGCCACCAGACAAGUACAGCCGCCGUUCAAACCACGAAUUAAAGAUCGUCGGGAUGUGAGCAAUUUCGAUCGGGAAUUCACCAAAGAUGCGCCAAAAAUGACUCCAACCGACAAACUGUACAUUAUGAACCUGGAUCAAACCGAGUUCACCGGAUUUUCCUAUGUCAAUCCGGAAUAUAUUCUCGAAGUGUGA